CAUCUCAUGGGCGGGACACCUUCUGCUAUCCCAGGUGGCUCCAAGCCCAUCCAGCCUUGAAGGCAAUAAGGAAAAUACCUCCCUUUGUCACCCAGAACAACCCCAUCUCUUCAAUCAUUAACAGGUGUCUCUCUGUCACCUUGGCCCUGUUUCACGGACACUGUGGGGCUGUGCUUGGCAGCUGGGCUCUGCAAACACCCAGAGCAAACAGGAGAGACAGGCUGGGCUCUGGCUGUGCCAUCACCUGCUCUGGGAUGUGGCACCUUGUGCCCGAGAGAUUAAAUAUCUGUGGGGUGGGGCUGCUCGGAAAAAAGAGCAUUAUUCCCACGGCAGGUUUGAAAUGGAACAGGAGUGCAGAUGAUGGCUGGACGGGUUGUUGGGAGGUUUCUUGAGAGUGAUGCUUUCCUUGCCAGAGGGCUGUAGAGGUUAAAUGCCCUCCUCGGAACCUUAUCAUGCUGGGCUUUUCCAGGAUAAACACACGAACUCCGUGUGUUGGCUCCGGCUGACGUGUGCCGUGCCCGGCUGGACAAACUCUGUUAACCUGGCAGGUGAAGGCUGAGCAGAUAAAGUGAACAGCAGUGUAUCCACCUUCCUGGAAAUCCCUGAGGAAAAUUCCAUGGCAUGCUACAGGGGGAACAACUUAUUUAGAGAUUAAACCAUGCCUUACCCGUUCGUUCCAUUCCAGAUCUCUGUUUGCAGCCAUGAUGCCCGUGGCCACCGUGAUGCCCGAUGACACACCCAUGUUUGACCCCAGCAUCCUGCAGGAACUCGACUGGAGUGAGAACACCACGACCUUUUCUCCUGCUAUUUCUCCACUGGAUCCAGGGGAUGGACUGGUCCUGAGACCACUUUGCACAGCUGAUUUAAAUCGAGGCUUUUUUAAGGUUCUGGGUCAGCUGACAGAAGCAGGAGUUGUGAGCCCGGAGCAAUUCAUCAAAACCUUUGAGCACAUGAAGAGGUCUGGAGAUUACUAUGUCACCGUAGUGGAAGACACCAACCUGGGGCAGAUCGUUGCUACGGCAACGCUGGUUAUAGAACAUAAAUUCACUCACUCCUGUGCCAAGAGAGGCAGGAUAGAAGAUGUGGUGGUCAGCGGGGAGUGCAGAGGGAAGCAGCUUGGAAAACUAUUAACGUCCACCCUCACCUUGCUAAGUAAGAGACUGAACUGUUACAAAAUCACACUGGAGUGUCUGCCCAAAAAUGUGGAUUUCUACAAGAAGUUUGGCUAUUUGGUAUCUGAUGAAAACUACAUGUUUCAACGGUUCUUUAAUUAACUUCUAGGUGUUCUGGGUUCUUUUAUUUUCUUGGAAAGACUUUGGUGGAGGAGCUUGUGCUACAAACAUUCUCUCCGUGGAAAAUUUCUAUAGUCUAUUGCUGCAGAUACAACAAUCCCUAUAAAUAAUGACCAUCAAAUGUGUAAAUCUUGGGAAAAAAAUUACUGAGGUUUUAGAAAGAGUCCUCUGGAUUAGAAAAUAAGUUUAGAACUAAUUUUUACUACUGUUGAGUCGAGGUGAAGCUUUUCUGUUCUAGCUGAGUUACAAAGGACUCGUUAAAGGGAUGGUUUUUAACCAAAGGUAUAUAUUUUUAUCUCAAAUUUUUUCUUGCAUUGUAUUUUUCUAAAGGUUUGUGCUUCUUUUCUCAGUAGCCAAAGGACAGCCCCUGGGACUGUCCUGGCUGUGCUGAUGGAAGGAUGAUGUAGCUGGGGAAGGGAUGAGGCUUCUCUUAUGCAGAAUUAGUGACACAGAACAGGCCUUAGUUCUGUUUUUUUCCAUGACACCUCAUGGAAGUGCUGGUGAUGCAUCAGAAGUUUUCUGGGCACUGUUUUCCAAGACUGGGUUUGUUACUGUUGGUGCAGGUUGGGGAGAAUCCUUGCAGGCUGUGCUGAAUUCCCAGUCUGAAAAUGGAUGUGUGCUUCUCACUGCAGGGCUCCUGCACUUUAGCUGAUAACUUAGUUUUCAGGAUAAUUACUUUUUUUUUUCUGACAUAAAAACCCCAAACGUGGUGUCCCAACAGGGCAGAGGGUAACUGGGAAACUGGAAUGUAUCCCAUAGGGAGUGGGGUUCUGGUUAAUAAUCACUGGGAAGGGGAGUGGGAUGUUAGAUUCAGCUUCACCUGAGGGAGCUGGGGGUGCUCAGCCCAGAAAAGCCUUACAGCCACUUCCAGGGCCUAAAAAGGAGGGAGAGGAACUUUUGUAUGGGCAGGACACAGAGUGGUUCCCAAUGCCAGAGGGCAGGGAUGGAUGGGCUAUUGGGAUGGAAUUCCUGCCUGUGAAGGUGGGCAGGCCCUGGCACAGGUGCCCAGAGAAGCUGUGGCUGUCCCUGAAUCCCUGGAAGUGUCCAAGGCCAGGCUGGAGCAGCUUGGGAUAGUGGAAGGUGUUCCUGUUGGAAUGAGAUGAGUUUAAGGUCCCUUCCAACCCAAACUAUUCUGGGAUUUACUGAACACCCCUGGCCCAGCCACUGGAUCUCCAGAGGGCCAGGAGGGAUUUCCACCUGUGGCACAGCAAACCAGGAGAGAAAUUUCCCCCCUUCCUCACCCAAGGAAUUGCUGCUUCUGGUGCUGCUGUGGAGCUUCCCUGGUGCUGCAAGAUUGGAUCAAUGAUUUUAGCACUUCUGCCAGGGGUGAAAAGCAAAGAACGUCCAAAGGCCUGCUGCCAACAGUGGUGUUUUGUGUGGGGAGUGACAAAUCCCACAGCCAUGAAUAGGGCAUUGUACCCAGCCAGGGUUGUUUGUGGGCAGCCAGGCCUUCCACACUGUCCUGCUUUGUGCUCUGGAGAGCGACUCUACAGUGCUGGGGGCUCUGCUUGAUCUUCCUGAGGGUUCUCCACUCCAUCCAGUGUCUCCUUGGUGAUGUCUGCUUUAUUUAUUGAUUAUUUUUUUAAAGAAUAUCUUUGUUUAAGCUGAAUAAAUGAUUGCCACCUGUA